UCAUGUAGAAGUUUUCUAGAUAAUAAAAUGGAAUUUAGAGAUAAUUACGAACAUAAAGUGAAAGGAGUAUUAUAUUUUUCAAGAAAUUUACCUACUGAAGAAGCGGGUAAUCUAUAUCAACACUAUACAAAAGGUUGUAAAUGUUUAAGUGACUGCCUAUACGAAACUUGCCAAUGUUUAAUGGAAAGUGGAACUGCUUACGAAUAUACAAACAAACUCGACUUUGAACAAUACAAACUGAAAUAUAAUAAUUUAGAAUUACCAAGUUUCGAGUGUAAUACAAACUGUCUUUGUAAGCACACAAUUUGCGGAAACAAGUUAGUGCAAUUAGGACCGCGACAAAAUUUAGAAGUCAAAUUAUGCCCAAAUCUGAAUAAAGGUUAUGGGUUAUAUACGUCAAAAUUGAUAUAUACCGGUAAUUUUAUUUGUGAAUAUGCUGGAGAAGUUCUAACGGACACGGAAGCUAAAAGUAGAUACAAAACUUACACUAAAAAUAACCAACCAAACUACAUAUUCUGUUUGAAAGAAAGAUUCGGCGAUAAAUUAUUGAAGACGUUCAUAGAUCCGACUACUUAUGGUAAUAUCGGAAGAUACAUAAACCACAGUUGUAACCCAAACUGUAAUUUGAUAAUUAUUAGAGAAAAUAGCACCAUACCAAUUGUAGCGAUAUUCGCAGCGCGAAAUAUAGAACCCAACGAAGAAAUUACAUUCAAUUAUGGAGAAGAAACAAAUUCUGAAAGUGAUGAACCAAUUCCAAGGAAACCGUGUUAUUGUGAUGAAAUUAAUUGUAAGAAAUAUCUUCCAUAUGAACCAGAUUUACAAAAAAAUUAAUGUACACAUGUAAA